GUAAACUUCAAUGGUGGAAAUAUCCAAAGAUUCCAACCCCCAUUAAACGCCAAAACCUUCUCUUCUUUCAACCUCCUCCUCCUCCUCUUCCUCCCCUUCCUCUUCUUCUCCCUUCCUCAAAACCCUAUUCCUUCAAUUUCACCUCCACAUUUCUUUUCUCUGUUUCUACCCUUUCCAAACACUUAUUUUCGACCACCAAUUUUCCACUCACCGUCUCUGUUUCCAGAUCCAUUUCAAUUCCUUCGUUUCUGAUUUCCCAAGUGGGUGGGGUUUUCCCCCUUUCCCUAUUUGGGUAUUUCGUUUUAGGGUUUUUGAUCCCAUAAUUUUUCUGGGUUUAAGAAGAUUCGACAACCCAUGUCGGCUGGAGUCUGUGGAAAGCGUGUGGGAUUUGAAGAGAUCUUUGGAUCUUCUUCUUCUCCGACGGCCUGUUCUUCCGCUAAGAGGUCUCGUUGGUCCACUUUCGGAUCCCCGACCCGAUCGGACUUCGGGUCUGGACCUGACGAUUCUGCUUCGGUCUUGCUUCAAAUGUUCCCUGGAGUUGGUGCAGAGGUGCCUUCCUUUGAUGAUUUUAGUGCUCGUGGCCAUUCUGCGACGAUUGGAAAUUGUUCUACUGUUCCUGAUGAGAGAACAGCUACAUGCAGCCAAAUGUCACACGAGAAGAUCGAAGAAGCUAAAGAUGUUGGUUCCACCGUUGCUGAAGGGAAUGGAAUGCAUGGGUCCAAAUGGGUUGACAUGUUUGUGCAAGAAAUGGCGGGUGCGGUGGAUGUUGGUGAUGCUAGAAUUCGAGCUGCAAGGAUUUUAGAAGCUUUUGAACAUAAUGUAACUGUGAAUUCAAGAGAAUCGGAGGAGUUAAAGCAUGCUUCUUUGAAGGAGCAUUUGCAAAAUUUGGUAAAUGACAACCAAAUUUUAAAGAGAGCGGUAGCCAUUCAACACGAGCGGAAUCUUGAGCAAGAAGAGAAGACAAGAGAAGUCCAUCAGUUAAAGCACGUCUUAUGUCAGUAUCAAGAACAAAUUCAAAGUUUAGAGGUAAGAAAUUACACAUUAAAUCUCCAUCUGCAGAGGGCACAAUCUGUUUCAGGACACUUCCACCAAGACAUAUUUUAAGGUUGUUUUUGUUUCAUUAAUUUUCUCUCUAUACCUUUUCUUUGACCAACAUUGAGUUGAUGCCAAUAUAUUAUAAAGUCAUUUGGGUUGUGAUUGUGAUAUUCUCAAGCCAAAGCCACUUUGGCAAGUUUGUUGUGAUGAAAUGUUCAAUGCUGAGCCCCUACUUUGUUUGAAUGUGUUUUGAUGCAACUCAAGAUGAAAAGCUAUGUGUUGCCUUCAAUUUAAUAUGUUAAUGCCACUCCUAAUUUAUGUUUUCAUA